GCUACCCUGGUUACCGUUGGUGUUUGCGAAUUCCCUGCGGCAACUUCGUCGCGGAAGACCAGCGCCGCCGGGCUCCAGCUGCGGUUUGAUAGGCGCGCGCCCGCGUCACGUGGGCAAGGCUCCUACUCGGUCGCUGGCGGGCCGCUCAGCCGGGAGGAAAGAAGCUCGUGGCUACCGCUCACUCUCCCACUGCGCCCUAGGGCUGGCGCGCGGAUAAAAAUGGCGAAGUGGGGGUAGCUGGCGCCGAACCCGAAGCGAUGGGGCGCGCAGGUGGGGCGGUGGUCGGAGACCCCUAAUGUAGGCGCCCGGCUGUUCUCCGCGGCGAUUUGACUUGGUGAUCUCAGGCCGGCGCCUAAUAGGUCAGACCACGGACUCCGCGGGUCGCCGAGCGCCCCGCCGAGAGCCGGAGGCAAUGGAUGAACAGAGCGUGGAGAGCAUUGCUGAGGUUUUCCGAUGUUUCAUUUGUAUGGAGAAAUUGCGGGAUGCACGCCUGUGUCCUCAUUGCUCCAAGCUUUGUUGUUUCAGCUGUAUCAGGCGCUGGCUGACAGAGCAGAGAGCUCAAUGUCCUCAUUGCCGUGCUCCACUCCAGCUACGAGAACUAGUAAACUGUCGUUGGGCAGAAGAAGUAACACAGCAGCUUGAUACUCUUCAACUCUGCAGUCUCACCAAACAUGAAGAAAAUGAAAAGGACAAAUGUGAAAAUCACCAUGAAAAACUUAGUGUAUUUUGCUGGACUUGUAAGAAGUGUAUCUGCCAUCAGUGUGCACUUUGGGGAGGAAUGCAUGGUGGACAUACCUUUAAACCUUUGGCGGAAAUUUAUGAGCAGCAUGUUACUAAAGUGAAUGAAGAGGUAGCCAAACUUCGUCGGCGUCUCAUGGAACUGAUCAGCUUAGUUCAAGAAGUGGAAAGAAAUGUCGAAGCUGUAAGAAAUGCAAAAGAUGAGCGUGUUCGGGAAAUUAGAAAUGCAGUGGAGAUGAUGAUUGCACGGUUAGACACACAGCUGAAGAAUAAGCUUAUAACACUGAUGGGUCAGAAGACAUCUCUGACACAAGAAACAGAACUGUUGGAAUCCUUACUUCAGGAAGUAGAGCACCAGUUGCGAUCUUGUAGUAAGAGUGAGUUGAUAUCUAAGAGCUCAGAGAUCCUCAUGAUGUUUCAGCAAGUUCAUCGAAAGCCCAUGGCGUCCUUUGUUACCACUCCUGUUCCACCAGACUUUACCAGUGAAUUGGUACCAUCUUAUGAUUCAGCUACUUUUGUUUUAGAGAAUUUCAGUACUUUGCGCCAGAGAGCAGAUCCUGUCUACAGUCUACCUCUUCAAGUUUCAGGACUUUGUUGGAGGUUAAAAGUUUACCCAGAUGGAAAUGGAGUUGUUCGUGGUUACUACUUAUCUGUGUUUCUGGAACUCUCAGCUGGCUUGCCAGAAACUUCCAAAUACGAAUACCGUGUAGAGAUGGUUCAUCAGUCCUGCAAUGAUCCUACCAAAAAUAUCAUUCGAGAAUUUGCAUCUGACUUUGAAGUUGGAGAAUGUUGGGGUUAUAAUCGAUUUUUCCGUUUGGACUUACUUGCAAAUGAAGGAUACUUGAAUCGACAAAAUGAUACAGUGAUUUUAAGGUUUCAGGUUCGUUCACCAACUUUCUUUCAAAAAUGCCGGGACCAGCAUUGGUAUAUUACUCAAUUGGAAGCUGCACAGACUAGCUAUAUCCAACAAAUAAAUAACCUUAAAGAGAGACUUACUAUUGAGUUGUCUCGAACUCAGAAAUCAAGAGAUUUGUCACCACCAGAUAAUCAUCUUAGCCCCCAAAAUGAUGACACUCCUGAGACACGAGCUAAGAAGUCUGGAUCAUGUGCUGACAUGCUUCUCCAAGGUGGUCCUACUACACCUUCUGUAAGAGAGGCCAAGGAGGAUGAAGAAGAUGAGGAGAAGAUUCAGAAUGAAGAUUAUCAUCAUGAGCUUUCAGAUGGAGAUCUGGAUCUGGAUCUUGUUGGUGAAGAUGAAGUAAAUCAUCUCGAUGGCAGCAGUUCUUCUGCCAGUUCCACAGCAACAAGUAACACGGAAGAAAAUGACAUUGAUGAAGAAACCAUGUCUGGAGAAAAUGAUGUGGAAUACAACAACAUGGAAUUGGAAGAGGGAGAACUCAUGGAAGAAGCAGCUGCAGCAGGACCUCCAGGUAGUAACCAUGGCUAUAUGGGUGCCAGUAGCAGAAUGUCAAGAAGAGCACAUUUUUGCUCUGCUGCUACCAGUAGUUUAUUAGACAUUGAUCCUUUAAUAUUAAUACAUUUGUUGGACCUUAAGGACCGGAGCAGUAUGGAAAAUUUGUGGGGCUUACAGCCUCACCCGCCUGCUUCACUUUUGCAGCCCACAGCAUCAUAUUCUCGAAAAGAUAAAGACCAAAGGAAGCAGCAGGCAAUGUGGCGAGUUCCCUCUGAUUUAAAGAUGCUAAAAAGACUCAAAACUCAAAUAGCUGAAGUUCGAUGUAUGAAAACUGAUGUAAAGAAUACACUUCCAGAAAUAAAAAGCAGCAAUGCUGCUUCUGGAGACAUGGCGGCAAGCCUUCUUUCUGCUGACCAGGCAGCUCUGGCUGCAUGUGGAACCGAAAACUCUAGCAGAUUACAGGAUUUGGGAAUGGAGCUCUUGGCAAAGUCAUCAGUUGCCAGUUGUUACAUACGAAACUCCACAAAUAAGAAGAGUAAUUCACCCAAACCAGCUCGGUCCAGUAUAGCAGGUAGUCUGUCACUUCGAAGAGCAGUAGACUCUGGGGAAAAUAGCCGUUCAAAGGGAGACUGUCAAACUCUGUCUGAAGGCUCCCCAGGAAGCUCUCAGUCUGGGAGCAGGCACAGUUCUCCCCGAGCCUUGACACAUGGCAGUAUCGGUGACAUUCUGCCAAAAUCUGAAGACCGGCAGUGUCAGGCUUUGGAUUCAGAUGCUGUUGUGGUUGCAGUUUUCAGUGGCUUACCUACUAUUGAAAAAAGGAGAAAAACAGUCACCUUGGGGACUAGUGUUAAAGGAGGUCGUCUGGAAGGAAUGCAAAUGACUGAUUUGGAAAAUAAUUCUGAAACUGGGGAAUUACAACCUAUACUACCUGAAGGAGCUUCAGUUGCCCCAGAGGAAGGAAUGAGUAGCGACAGUGAUAUUGAAUGUGACACUGAGAACGAGGAGCAGGAAGAGCACACCAGCCUGGGCAGAUUUAGCGACGCUUUCAUGGCACAGCCCCCAGAUGAAGAUACACAUUCCAGUUUUCCUGAUGGUGAACAAAUAGGCCCUGAAGAUCUCAGCUUCAAUACUGAUGAAAACAGUGGAAGACACUUUAUGUGAAUAACUGAAGUAACACGAGACUGAAUCUCCUCUUUGGAAUAUGUUGACUGACUGAGGUUAAUUUAUUUAUCUUUUCUUGUUUCUUCAAGUGCAGGCACACUGAUUAAUGACACCUAAGCUUUCUUUUGUGUGACUUUUACAAAUGUAAUUUUAAAUGAAUUAAGUUAGUAUGGAUUGGUUAUGUUCCUGGUCGUAUGAACACAUGUAAGAACAUUUAAAAUUAUUUCGUUUUUUCUGCUUCUUACUAAACAAUUAUAAUGUAACGAGUAUUUUAAAACCCUGUUUUCUCCUUUAUUUUCAUUAGUUGGACAUUGAUUUCAGUGUCAAUACAUUUAAAGAUUCCUACAUAUUGUACUGUGGCUUACAUGAAACUGUGGUAUAAAGUUUACUUUCAUACUCAGAAUUAGUCCAAAAUAAUUGCCAAACUUUAUCAUUGUGCUCUUGCAUUUGUUUCUGAGCUGCUAUACUAUUUGUGAAAAUUACACUGAAAGUUGACUAAGAGACUAUUGAAAAAGCAUGAAUAUAUACACGUGAGAGGCAUCUCAUCUGCUUAUUUUUUACUUAAUGAAUAUUGUUCCCUUUUCCAUGUGUAGUGUCUUGCCGAAUGCUGUGAUUCAUGGUUUGCUUUUGUUCAAAACA